ACUGUGCGGAGGGCAUGGCAUCGCCUACCGGCCUCAGGGCUCCCGGCCACGCUCCGCCCCGGCUGCCCUGGCUCCAGGCUGGCCUCCCUGCUUCCUUGGUUCCAAUGUCAUCGCCUAGGCGACCAGGACGCUGCCGCCACCGCCUGCCUGCCCAGCCACAGGCCGUGGGCCUCCCAGCUGCCUCCCCUCCACACCGACCUCGACCCUCGGGGCCCGGGCUCCCACCAAGAGCAAGCCGCCCUCCGGGCUGGGUGCAGAAAAGAUGUCCCAGCCGACCUCCACAGACGAGGGGGCCACGUUCGAGCAUCUCUGGAGCUCCCUGGAACCAGACAGCACCUACUUUGACCUUCCCCAGUCCAGCCAAGGAAACAACGAGGUGGUGGGCGGCCCAGAGGCUGGCAUGGACGUCUACCACCUGCAGGGCAUGACCACGCCUGUCAUGUCCCAGUUCAAUCUGCUGAGCAGCACCAUGGACCAGAUGAGCGGCCGCGCGGCCUCGGCCAGCCCCUACACCCCGGAGCACACUGCCAGCGUGCCCACCCACUCGCCCUACGCGCAGCCCAGCUCCACCUUCGACACCAUGUCACCCGCACCGGCCAUCCCCUCCAACACCGACUACCCCGGCCCCCACCACUUCGACGUCACCUUCCAGCAGUCCAGCACGGCCAAGUCAGCCACCUGGACGUACUCCCCACUGCUGAAGAAGCUCUACUGCCAGAUCGCCAAGACCUGCCCCAUCCAGAUCAAGGUGUCCACCCCGCCGCCCCCGGGCACCAUCAUCCGGGCCAUGCCCGUCUACAAGAAGGCGGAGCACGUGACCGAGGUCGUGAAGCGAUGCCCCAACCAUGAGCUCGGGCGGGACUUCAAUGAGGGACAGUCUGCUCCGGCCAGCCACCUCAUCCGCGUGGAGGGCAACAGCCUCUCCCAGUACGUGGACGACCCCGUCACGGGCAGGCAGAGCGUCAUGGUUCCCUAUGAGCCCCCGCAGGUGGGGACAGAAUUCACGACCAUCCUGUACAACUUCAUGUGCAACAGCAGCUGUGUGGGGGGCAUGAACCGACGGCCCAUCCUCAUCAUCAUCACGCUGGAGACCCGGGACGGACAGGUGCUGGGCCGCCGGUCCUUCGAGGGCCGCAUCUGCGCCUGUCCUGGCCGAGACCGCAAGGCUGACGAAGACCACUUCCGGGAGCAGCAGGCCCUGAGCGAGAGCGCCACCAAGAAUGGCGCCACCAGCAAGCGCGCCUUCAAACAGAGCCCGCCUGCUGUCCCUGCCCUGGGCACCAACGUGAAGAAGAGGAGGCAGGGGGACGAGGACGUGUACUACAUGCACGUGCGGGGCCGGGAGAACUUCGAGAUCCUGAUGAAGGUGAAGGAGAGCCUGGAGCUAAUGGAGCUGGUGCCGCAGCAGCUGGUGGACGCGUACCGGCAGCAGCAGCAGCAACAGCUCCUGCAGCGGCCGAGCCACCUGCAGCCAGCGCCCUAUGGGCCCGUCCUGUCACCCGUGAACAAAGCGCACGGGGGCGUCAACAAGCUGCCCUCCGUCAACCAGCUGGUGGGUCAGCCGCCCCCGCACGGCUCGGCGGCCGGGCCCAACCUGGGGCCCAUGGGCCCUGGGAUUCUCAACAACCAUGGCCACGCCCUGCCGACCGGCAGUGAGAUGAACGGCAGCCACAGUGCCCAGUCCAUGGUCUCGGGGUCCCACUGCACCCCACCACCCCCCUACCACGCUGACCCCAGUCUGGUCAGUUUCCUGACGGGGCUGGGGUGUCCGAACUGCAUCGAGUACUUCACGUCCCAGGGCCUGCAGAGCGUCUACCACCUGCAGAACCUCACCGUUGAGGACCUCGGCGCCCUGAAGAUCCCUGACCAGUACCGCAUGACCAUCUGGAGGGGCCUGCAGGACCUGAAGCAGAGCCACGACUGCGGAGCCCAGCCGCUGGUCCGCUCCAGCAGCAAUGCCUCCACCAUCUCCAUCGGCAGCUCAGGGGAGCUGCAGCGGCAGCGCGUCAUGGAGGCCGUGCACUUCCGCGUGCGCCACACCAUCACCAUCCCCAACCGCGGGGGCCCGGGCGGGGGCGCGGGGCCUGACGACUGGGCCGACUUUGGCUUCGACCUCCCGGACUGCAAGUCCCGAAAACAGUCCAUCAAAGAGGAGUUCACGGAGAGCGAGAUUCACUGAGGAGCCGGGCUCUGCAGGAGGGCA